CUUUUCAUUGAAUUUCUGUAGGACAUACACUCCUCUAAUAUCCAAUCCAAUCCAAAAAUUCUCUCUUUACAAAAAUGGGUUCUCUGCUGUUCUUGCUUUUGGUAAUUUUUCCAUUGUGCAAUGAUGCUGCUGCUGAUUGCUCUAAUGGAGACUGCAUGCUUCUUGAUAAUUGCUCCUCCAAUGAUGACUGUGGAGCUGGGCUCUAUUGUUUCUCAUGUACGCUUGGAUUUUCAGGCUCUAAGUGUGUGAGAUCAUCCACCACAGAUCAAUUUAAGCUCAUAAAUAACUCUCUUCCAUUCAACAAAUAUGCAUAUUUAACAACACACAACGCUUUUGCAAUUGAUGGAGAACCUUCUCAAACAGGAGUUCCUCGAGUAACCAUCACUAAUCAAGAGGACAGCAUAACGCACCAGCUAAGUAAUGGAGUUCGGGGACUAAUGCUAGACAUGUACGAUUUUGAUGGAGAUGUUUGGUUAUGCCAUUCAUCUCAAGGCCAGUGCCAUGACUACACUGCUUUUGAACCAGCUAUAGGUACAUUGAAGGAAAUUGAAGCUUUCUUAUCAGCUAACCCAUCAGAAAUUGUCACACUCAUAUUGGAAGAUUACGUUCAUACACAAAAUGGAUUGAAAAAGGUCUUUAGUGACGCCGGCCUGAUGAAAUUUUGGUUUCCGGUUACCAAUAUGCCGAUAGACGGCAGAGAUUGGCCUCUAGUGAGUGAUAUGGUUGCUGAAAACCAAAGAUUAAUUGUGUUCGCUUCAGUCAAGUCUAAGGAACAAAGCGAAGGCAUUGCUUACCAAUGGAAUUACAUGGUUGAAAAUCAGUAUGGAGAUGGUGGAAAAAAAACAGGUAGCUGCCCAAACAGGGCAGAAUCAUCAAAUCUUGAUGACAAAAGCAAAUCCCUAGUGUUGGUUAAUUACUUUCGUUCAGUUCCGCUUAAGCCAGUUACUUGUUCAGAUAAUUCUGCAUCUCUUAUUGACAUGCUGCAAACUUGUCAUGAUGCCGCCGGCAAUCGAUGGGCAAAUUUCGUUGCUGUUGAUUAUUACAAGAAGAGUGAAGGAGGAGGAGCGUUUCAAGCUGUGGACAUGCUAAAUGGGAAGCUCUUAUGCGGAUGUGAUAAUGUUGAUUCUUGCGUGGCUGGGACUAGUUCACAAGCUUGCUCACCACAUUAAGCAGUGAAACAAAAAUUGUCCAUUAUUGCAUGCCAUAUAGUUCCAUUAUCAACCUCUACAAUUUUUGUGCAAAUAGUUAAUAUCAUAGCCUACCGGCUACCAAUGCCA